GAUCCAUCGGCGAUGAACCCAGCCCAGCUCCUCGAGGCGACCACUGGCGCGCAUCGUGGCGCCACGUCCUCGCUGCGCCAGCGGCCUCCGCGCCUCAAGGCGUCGACCACGCUCCAUGCGCACCAGGAAGCUGCGCUCGCGUGGAUGGUCGGCCGCGAGGCUGCCACGUCGUCGUUGCGCGGUGGCGUCUUGGCCGACGGUCCCGGCCUCGGGAAGACGCUCACUACCUUGAGCUGUUUGCAGCUGCAUCCAUCGGCCGACCCGACGCUGAUUGUUGUGCCACAUGCGCUCCUCGCCCAGCAAUGGCUCGGCGAGAUGGCGCUGCAUUUCGAGCCAAACACGUGGUCGGCGCUCACCUACAACCCGCGCAAGCACGAGAAGCUGUCGUUUGACGCGUCGCGCCCGCCGCCUAUCGUGCUUGUCUCGCUGCACGACAUGGGUCUCGAAUGGCAUCUCUUCCAGUCCGAGCAGAGCGAGCGGGGGCGCGCGACCUCGGUGCUCUUCCACGUGCGGUGGCAGCGCAUUAUUGUCGACGAAGUGCAAGACAUUCUUGGCGCCGGCACGUCGUUGGCCGCGUCCAUGGUGCAAGCGCUUGACGCCCAAGUGCGGCUCGCAAAGUACCUCGCCCUCCCGCCCUUUGACGCGCCAGCGUAUUGGAGCCACAUCAACCCGAGCAAUGCGGCCCAUGUCACGUCCAUGCAAGCGCUGUUGCAAGACAUUGUGUGGCGGACGCCGAGCACCUACGCAGUCGAAACGCUGCAGAUCCUGCCGCGUCAAACCGAGCUGCCCGUCCGUGUCGUACACAUGUCGGCCCUCGAGUUUGCCGCGUACCAGCCCGACUACGAUCGCUUUACAAAAGAGGUGGCCAAGCGGGUGCGCUCGAUGCGUGGACAGCAGUCGCUGCUGCCGCUGGCCAGUCUUCGCCGCAUGUUGUCGCACCCGUCGACGCUCAAGCUCUGCAAGGGCGCUUGCCACGUCGCACUCAACACGACCACGAAAGACUUUGACCGGCUCCUCGAUGAUCUCGUGCGAUGGCGCUCGGAUGCGUGUAUCGCUGCGCUCGAAGCCUGCUUGCACCGCGCGCUCGACUGCCCGUCUGCGCUCGCGCCAAUCGGGUACCAGCUGCUGCGCCGCCAUGCACGUCUCUUUCGUGUCCCGAGCGGUCUCGAACUGCGACUGCUCUGGACCAUGCGGGAGCUGGCUGCGCGCCCGACGUCCGUCCCGUGCCGCCACGAGGUCCACAAGACCGUCUUGGCGCUGCGGUCCGUGCACGUGCCGCAGUUUGUGUGGCGCAAGAUCUUUGCAGAGUACCUCGGCGGCGAAGAUUUCACCGAUCAGAUCGCGCGGCUCGUGCAGCAACAGACAUCGCCCUUGCACGAAUUGGUCGCGGCGCUGCCUCCGUUGGUCGCCGCCACCUUAUGCCUACCGCCGACCGCCACGGACAUUGCGAACCGUCUCCCGACCUUCCUACCGGCGGCGUGGACAACCGACAGUAUCAACGCAACGCUCGCCGAUGCGAGUCAGUUGCGCCUCAGCGAAGCCGCGUCCCGCCUUGGCACAUACGAGCGCUGGGUCGACCUUCACAAGCCCGAAGUGCUCGGACGAUCCGACUGGAUGGCCAAAGCCCAAGACGUCUAUGCCCGUGCGAUCCGUGACUUUACGAGCCUCGUCACCUUUGCCCAGAGCGUCGCCACGCGCAACUGGCAGCACAUCGGUGGCGCCUUUCUCCAAGCGUAUGGCGCCUGCGACCACGGCCGUCGACGGAUGAACCGCCGGGCGGUCCUCGGUCGCGAAGAGCGCUGGUUUCGGCGCGACCAAGCGCUCGGCCAAGGCCGCGGGGCGCAAGGCAUGGCGGACACUUGCGAGCUCUGUCAGCUGCGCAACCUGGCCGACGACGCCUUGUAA